CUUUUUCUGUAGAGAAUAUGUCUUUCACUAUUUCGACGAGUUUCAAGAGUCGUGUAGAAUUUUGGUUGAAAAGGUCACCUCAAGAAGCAACUCCUGGAGAACUUGUCGAACUUGCCAACUUGUUGACCGAACUAUCGGAAGCGAUACGUCAUCACUCUGUUCUUUCUAUCAUAUCUGAGUUGCCACAACUUACCAAGUUUCUUUAUCGUAUGGUAACAGAUCCCAAUUUUCGUAUCAUUUUGGUCACCAAAAGAGUCUCUUUAUCCUUUUGUCGCUGUUUACGUAUUUUUCUACGUUCUUCUCUUGAAGAAGUUCCCGAAGAAGCUGUUUCGGAACCACGUCGACAAGAAAUAAGCUCGAAAUCUCGUGAUUGGGCGUUGAUGGUACUAAGACUAGCUCUUUCACCUCGUUGGUUGGACCAUUCAACUAGUCAAGGUGUUGUCCAACCAAAACUUGCAGUUGCUUCAUCUGCUCCCAACAGUUAUGUUGCAGGUAGUCAAUUGGUGCUUGUUCAGAAACAAAUGAGAAAAGACUUGAUAGAUUGCAUCGACUAUCAUGCUUUUCAUAUAACAAAAAAACAGUCAUUUGCUGAACGUUGCUCAGUGUUGUCUUGUCCAUACAAUGUGGAAACUCAUUGGAAGCGAUUGAAGGAUAUUGGUGUGUUCAUUCUUAGUAUUAUUCAGUCGAAUGGUGAAGGAGAAGAUCACUGGUGUUUUCCUAUCAUUUAUCAUUGGCUACUUAGUUGCAGUCAUCUCCAUUCUCCUCAUUCGUGCGGCGAGUUUGGUUCCAUUUUACAACUACAAACAAGAGGCUUCAGUUGGGAGCUUAACAAAGGAUAUACUAGUCGAACCAUCUCGUUAAGAAUUCCUCAGCCUUGGACAACAUUACCUAUUCCUAUUGCUUAUCGAUUAUUGUUAGAAAAUGACGACUUACGCAAAGAGUAUUGUGACUGGUUAGAGUCAUUGUUGUUGAAACAUUUGCUUCUAUGCAAUAUGGUUUUACUAGACAACGAUGUUCUAAGUAAUGAACACCGUUUUUUGCUUCUUGAAAUCAUAAAGGAGCCUAUUGUAGUAUGUUGGAUGCGAGGCAUAUGGUUUGAAAAGAUUGAACAGUGUUCGGAUAAAUGGAAACAAAGAAUUCUCAUUUCAUUUUGGAAUGAAAUUAUUCAACGUUGUCAUCCAUCUGUAACGUAUUCCAUGGAGGAUAUUUUUCAAACUUUUUAUUUACAACAAAAGGAUCGUGGCAUUUCUUCUUCACAUGUUGGAGAAAUGAAUAUAGGGAUGGAAUUCCCUUUUGUAAAGAUGAUUUCGUUCUCAACUAGAGAUGAAGAGAUUUCGUGAUGGUCUGUUUGAAAAUGACUUUUCAUUGGCUUUCUGAAGAAGAGUUUUGUUCUUAUGU